AUGUCAAAGCCCUCUCUCUUACUCAUUCCCGGCUCCUUUUGCCCCCCCGAGCUCUAUGACCAAGUCGUCGAUCCGGUCAUCGCGCGGGGCUACGAGAUCCGGGCUCUACAUCUCCCCAGCGUAGGCCUCGCCGCGGACAAGGGCCGAGAGGGAUCGCUGCCCACCAUGUACGACGACGCGGCCUUCAUUGCCCAGGAAGCCGAAAAGCUCGCUGACCAGGGCAAAGCCGUGGUGCUGAUCGCCCACUCGUAUGGCGGCGUCCCGACCACCCAGAGUGUCAAAGGGCUUGCCGCCAGCGAGAGGAAGAAGCAAGGCAAACCGGGCGGAAUUGUCAGGCUCGCGUACAUGACUUCCUUGGUGCCCGCGGUCGGCGUAUCGGCGGCAGGCGUACUGGCCGAAGUUCCCCAGGAACAAAAGCUUGAUCUGAAGAUUGAUGAAACUGGCUGGAUGUACCACGAUCAGCCCUCCGCCACUGCCGCGAUCACGGUAAACCAUCUCACCCCGGCAGAAGGCGAAGCCGUGAUCAGACGGUUUGCCCGGCACUCGUCCGUCAGCUUCGGCGGCGAACUGACGUACCCCGGGUACAAGGAUGUCCCCGUGUCAUAUCUGCUCUGCGAGGACGAUCUGUGCAUCCCGCCGAAUAUCCAGAAAGCCGAGAUCGACAUGAUUGAGAAAGAGAGCGGGAACAAGGUCAGGGUGACCAGGAUCCCCGCCGACCAUUGUCCCAAUAUCACAUCGACGCAAGAAACCAUUGAUUGGAUUGUCGAUGUUGCUGAACAAGCCCAAGCUUGA